CGUCGCUGCGCACCCAGAAGACCCAGUUUGGGAGGAAGCAGAUUUCAGAAGCUCUCCUGAGGUGCCGCUCCGCAGCCGCAGACCCCACCAUGGCGCUGUCCUACCCGAGGCCCUGGGCCUCUCUGCUGCUGGUGGACCUGGCUUUACUUGGGUUGCUACAAAGAUCUCUGGGAACUCUGCUUCCCCCGGGGCUGCCAGGAUUAUGGCUGGAGGGCACCCUGCGACUUGGAGUGCUGUGGGGACUGCUAAAAGUGGGAGGGCUGCUGAGACUUGUGGGGACCUUUCUGCCCUUGCUCUGCCUGACCACCCCCCUGUUUUUCUCGCUGAGAGCCCUGGUGGGAAGCACCAUGAGCACCUCAGUACUCAGAGUGGCUUCUGCCUCUUGGGGCUGGCUGCUUGCUGGCUAUGUAGCCGCGGCGUUGAGCCUUGCCGUGUGGGCUGUGCUGAGCCCCGCUGGAGCACAGGAGAAGGAACCAGGCCAGGAGAACAACAGAGCACUCAUGAUACGGUUGCUGAGGCUGUCCAAGCCGGAUCUGCCUUUCCUCAUUGUUGCCUUCAUCUUUCUUGCGAUGGCUGUGUGGGGGGAGACGUUAAUCCCUCAUUAUUCGGGUCGUGUGAUUGACAUCCUGGGAGGUGAUUUUGACCCAGACGCCUUUGCGAGCGCCAUCUUUUUCAUGUGCUUAUUCUCUGUUGGGAGCUCCCUCUCUGCAGGCUGCCGAGGAGGCUCCUUCCUCUUCACCAUGUCCAGGAUCAACCUUCGCAUACGAGAGCAGCUUUUCUCAUCUUUGUUGCGCCAAGACCUUGCAUUCUUCCAGGAGACCAAGACAGGGGAGCUGAACUCACGGCUGAGCUCGGACACCUCCCUGAUGAGCCGCUGGCUCCCUUUCAAUGCCAAUAUCCUGCUGCGGAGCCUGGUGAAGGUGGUGGGGCUGUACUACUUCAUGCUCCAGGUCUCCCCGAGACUCACCUUCCUCUCCCUGCUGGACCUGCCCCUCACAAUAGCAGCCGAGAAGGUGUACAACCCCCGCCAUCAGGCUGUGCUAAAGGAGAUCCAGGAUGUAGUGGCGAAGGCAGGGCAGGUGGUGCGUGAGGCCGUAGGAGGGCUGCAGACCGUGAGAAGCUUUGGCGCGGAGGAGCAGGAAGUCAGCCGCUACAAGGAGGCCCUGGAGCGAUGUCGACAGCUGUGGUGGCGCCGAGACCUGGAAAAAGAAUUGUAUUUAGUCAUACGGAGGGUAAUGGCCUUGGGCAUGCAGGUGCUGAUUCUGAACUGCGGUGUGCAGCAGAUCCUGGCUGGGGAGGUCACCCGGGGCGGCCUGCUCUCCUUCUUGCUGUAUCAGGAGGAAGUGGGGCACCAUGUCCGGAACCUGGUAUACAUGUAUGGGGAUAUGCUGAGCAACGUGGGUGCCGCGGAAAAGGUUUUUUCCUACUUGGACCGAAGGCCAAAUCUGCCGAAGCCUGGUACCCUGGCCCCUCCCAGGGUGGAGGGGCGCGUGGAAUUUCAAGAUGUCUCCUUCUCGUACCCCAGUCGCCCCGAGAAGCCUGUGCUCCAGGGCCUGACGUUUACCCUGCAUCCUGGAAAGGUGACCGCGUUGGUGGGACCCAAUGGGUCAGGGAAGAGCACCGUGGCCGCCCUGCUGCAGAACCUGUACCAGCCAACCGGGGGCAAGGUGCUCCUGGAUGGCGAGCCCCUGGUCCAGUACGAUCACCACUACCUGCACCGCCAGGUGGUUCUGGUGGGGCAGGAGCCUGUGCUGUUCUCCGGUUCUGUCAAGGACAAUAUUGCCUAUGGCCUGAGGAACUGUGAGGAUGCUCAAGUGAUGGCUGCUGCCCAGGCGGCCUGUGCAGACGACUUCAUAGGGGAAAUGACGAACGGAAUAAACACAGAAAUCGGGGAGAGAGGGAGCCAGUUAGCUGUGGGACAGAAGCAACGUCUGGCCAUUGCCCGGGCCCUUGUGCGGAACCCGCGGGUCCUCAUCCUGGAUGAGGCUACCAGUGCCCUGGACGCCGAGUGCGAGCAGGCUCUUCAGACCUGGAGAUCGCAGGAGGACAGGACGAUGCUGGUCAUUGCUCACCGGCUGCACACGGUUCAGAAUGCUGACCAAGUUCUGGUGCUCAAGCAGGGGCAGCUGGUGGAGCACGACCAGCUCAGGGAUGAGCAGGAUGUCUACGCUCACUUGGUACAGCAGCGGCUGGAAGCGUGAGGCCUCCAGACACUGAGCCCUCUCAGGACUGUGGCCAGGAUCUGACCCACAGGGACUGUGCUGGAGGCUAGCGUCAGGAUAAAGAUUGGGACCCUUUGGACUUUGUUUAUUUUGGUGGGCUUGGUGGGUGAGGGCCAGGGGAUGGGAUGGUUGCUGGGUGGGGUGGGUGGUUUAAACAUUAUUUUUUUCUAAAUAUAAAAAUAAUAAAUAUAUAUAUAAUACUUU